AUGGAGGCCUACACUGAGAUCAUUGAACCUUCACGGGUUUCACAUUGUCUCGGGCUCCACUUCAUUCUGCCCAAUGUAGAGCAUCUCAUGGUGGCCAAGGACACGCUUCUUCAACUUUUUGAGCUCGUGCCCACAUCCGAUGGGCUACCCAAGCUCAUGCUUGUUGACCAAUACAAACUUCAUGGAUGCGUCACUGACCUCAAGCGCAUCAAAACCGUUGAACUGGAGUUGGACUAUCUCAUUGUGCUGACCAAAUUCGCCAAGUAUUCGGUGGUGAAGUGGGACGCCACUGCCCAUCAAAUAUCCACGGUGUCUCUUCAUUACUAUGAACAAGCGAUGCAAAAGUUGUCUAUGGAAACGUUAUCACGAAGCGACCUCACAGUGGAACCCACUCAUUCAUCAGUUGCUUGUCUCAGAUUCAAAAACUUGAUGGCCUUCUUACCUUUCAUCGUUGAAACUGAUGACGACGAUGAUAUGUUUGAUGAUGACAAACCCUUGGCGGUGAAUUCGUCCGCCCAACAAGAAGUCUUUGACCCUUCAUUCAUCAUUGAUGCUAAUACCUUGGACCUGCUGUUAGGCGAUCUCAUUGACCUUCAGUUCUUAUACAACUACAGUGAACCCACAAUCGCGUUUCUUAGCCAAAAGCAGUACACCUGGGCGGGCAUGUUACCGAGAAUAAAGGACAAUGUUACAUAUACUGUUCUUACUCUCGAUACAACUCUGAAACUGACAGUGCAAGUUUUGAAAAUUGACAACUUGCCUUAUGAUAUUGAUCGUAUCGUCCCAUUACCUUCACCAAUGAACGGGUCGUUACUCAUUGGAUGUAAUGAAUUAAUCCACGUUGAUAAUGGUGGCAUUGUAAGACGUAUUGCCGUCAACGAGUUCACGCUGAGCUGUACGGUAUCUAUGAAAAAUUACACCGAUCAGAGUCUACUCAAAUUACGAUUGGAGUACUGUAGCGUGGCACCUGUACCCAAUGAGAGUCGCGUGUUGCUUAUAUCACGCGAUGGUGACCUGUUCUAUAUCAACUUUGAAUUAGACGGCAAGGCGAUUAAAAAAAUGACAUUGGAGCGUGUAAGCGACUCAUCAGAUGACCUGGCACUCAAAGUAAGCCAACCAGGUGAGAUAGCACUGAUCGGUAAGGAAAUGCUUUUCAUAGCUAGUGCCGGUGGUGACCUGCGAUUGGUUAAAUUCCAACCGAAAGGCAGUGUUAAGACCGAAGGCGCUAAUGAAGCUGAAAUUUCAAAUGAGAAAAUGAAGAAAAUUGAUGACGAAGAUGGGAUUUAUGAUGACGACGAGGACUUAUACGGGGAUGACGACGCUCCUCAGGCGCAAAACCGCGGUCUUACUGCUUUAGAGUGGACAUUGGCAGACACACUUGCCAACUUGGGUCCUAUGCUGCUGUUUACUCUUGGAUUCUCGUCGACAGAGAAACACAAAUGUAAUUUGCCCAAUCCUCAAUUUAAAGAGAUAGCAGUCGUGGCUGCACUGGGAAUUGGACCUAAUACGUCAUUAUCAGUGAUGACACCUUCACUCCCAAUGUCGAUCAAACUGUCACUUACUUUUUCCCAAGUCAAUAGAAUGUGGACAAUUAAUCAACAGUUUCUUAUAACAUCAGACGAUGUGAAUCAGAAGCUGGAAAUUUUCCAAAUUGAUAAAAAGUAUGCUCGACUCAAAACCCGUGACUUCAAAAAUGAUGAGAGCACAAUUGCUAUUCACGAAUUGGAUGGUGGCAAAUAUAUUUUGCAAGUCUCGCCGCGACUGAUCGCUCUUUACACAGAUAAGUUCAAGCGAACUUUGGAUUUAACGCUGGAAAUCGGUGAACUGGAAUGUGUGACUUCGUAUAUUCGUGAUGAGUAUUUAAUGGUGUUUUUGGCACUGGGUGUUGUAAAAAUUUUGCUGAUCAAUACCUACAAUCUGACAUAUACCACCAUUGAUAUCCCUGAAAUACUUGGUCUGACCAUCAUCACCUCGGGCUAUAUUACCAAUUCUCAUCUCCUUAAUGUUGUAUCUAAAGAUGAGGGCAUACUCAAGCGGGGUACUAAGCGAGCAGCCCUGGGGGCUUCAAAGUCCGAAAAUAUCGAUUUUGGCCGUAAGCAAAAGACAUUCAUCCUUAUUACAGCCGACAAUCGUAUUGUUGCGUUUACCAGACAGCAUAAUAACAAGUGCUACCAGCUCAAUGAUACUUCUCGCAUGCUGGAACACUUGUCGCUUGCCAAAUUUGACCCGAAAGAUCAAGAACCCGAUCCCAAUAUCAAACAAGUCAUCUUCAACGAUUUGGGUGACCGCUGGCAUAGUCAAGAAUAUUUAACAAUUUUGACUGUUGGUGGUGAAGUGAUCUUAUACAAAUUAUACUUCGAUGGUAGCAAUUUUCGUUUUGUCAAAGAGCUGGAUUUGAAGAUGACCGGGGCGCCAUCUAAUGCUUAUCCCGAAGGUACAGCAGUUGAAAGAAGAUUGGUGUACUUCGCCGACAUAAACUCUUAUACUGCUAUUCUUGUCACUGGGAUUAUUCCCUUCUUUAUCCUCAAAUCUAUUCACUCGCCGCCUCGAAUUUUCCGCUUCACGAAUAUGGCGGUGGCUUCAGCUGCACCCUAUACUGAUCAUAGAAUCAGUAAUGGUCUUGUGUGGCUUGAUCUUCGCCAGAACGCACGCAUUUGUCAAUUGCCUAUUGAUGACAUGGUGUACGACUUUGAAUGGCCAGUGCGUCGCAUUCCUAUUAUCGGUGAGCUGAUCAAUGCAAUUGACUAUCAUGAAACUCUGCAGUGUUAUGUGGUGCUGACUGUUAAAUCGAUCCCAUACAAUGCAAUUGAUGAAGAACUCAAUCCCAUUGUUGGUACAGACCCCGAGAAGGAGCUGUCAAAGUCGUACCUUGGGCUGAUCAAAUUGAUCUCACCAAUGAAUUGGCUGGUAAUCGAUCAAAUAGCUCUUGAACCCAAUGAAGUGUGCAUGAGCUUGAAGCUGAUGGUGGUUGAUGUUGGACUGCUGCUGACUAAGUUCAAGCUGAAGAAGGAGGUAGUGGUAUUUGGUACUGGUAAGUACCGGAUGGAAGACUUGGCAUCCAAUGGAUCGUUUUACGUCUAUGAGAUUGUCGCAAUUGUCCCCGAGCCGGGCCGUCCCGAAACAAAUCACAAGUUUAAGCAAAUGUACCAAGAGUCUACCAAGGGUGCGGUGACGAUGGUUGGUGAUGUUUCUGGUCGUUUCCUUGUAGCUCAAGGUCAAAAGAUAAUUGUUCGGGAUGUGAUGGAUCUGGGUGUAGUAUCGGUAGCGUUUAUCGAUUUACCCACAUACGUGUCCGAGGCUAAACUGUUCGGGAAUUUGAUUGCUUUCGGUGAUUCACUAAAACUGGUAUGGUUGGUGGCAUUUGACGCUGAGCCAUUCCGUAUGGUGAUGCUUGGAAAAGAUUUGCGGCCGUUAGAUGUUACCUGCGCCGACUUUGUGUGUCAUGAGGACGACGUACAUAUUGUUGUGGCUGACAAUAAUAACGUGUUACUGGUUCUUCAGUACGAUCCUGAUGACCCGGCUCUGGCCAAUGGUCUGGUCUUACUAACUCGAGCCAAUUUCGCUGUCAACUCAUAUGUUCUGGGUCUUCGAUCGAUGCCAAACCAAAUUGCAACGUUUGAUAGUGAAGCCAACGAAAUUAGAUACCGUUUGAGUGGUAACUGGAAGACUAUUGGAAGCUGCGGAAACGGUCUGUUGUUCGCAAUGACGCCCUUGAGUGAGGAUUCUUAUCGGCGACUUUAUUUGUUACAACAGCAAAUGACAGAUAAAGAAUAUCAUACAUGUGGGUUGAACCCACGUCUCAAUCGUUUGCAUAGUCGUGAUGGUGCUGCAGACGUUAAUCAAAAGCCUGUAAUUGAUGGCGAGGUCAUCCGCUAUUUCAAACGACUUACAAAUGACCGACGCGAUGUGAUCGCUACAAGAGUGAGUACCGUGGGCAAUCCCCAAGAAGUUUGGCGUGAUUUGAUCAACUUAGAACAGGUGGUGAAUAUCUUGUAG